AAACGUGAACGCAGCAUGACUUUCAAUUGGUCAGGCAAAGACCAACCACGGCUCCACUCCUCGAUCUCUACUGCGCAGACUCAGGCUCUAGAUGACGUCACGAGCAGGCAGCACCCGGCACAUGCCGGAUGUUUUGGUUUCAUUUGUCUACAGCGGGAAGAAGAGGUGGAGACGCAAAAAAGCAGGACUCAUGGCACGGAAAGUGCGAUGGAUAAGGCCCAAGGUCCAAAGCUCAAGUUCAGGCUGAACAUGGGCACAGCUCAUCCUGCAUCCAGUACUCUGACCAGAGGACAGUGGUCCAGCAAAAUUGAGUUCCUCUUGGCUGUUGCAGGACAAAUCAUUGGCCUGGGAAAUGUGUGGAGGUUCCCUUACCUGUGCUACAAAAAUGGUGGAGGCGUGUUCUUUAUCCCUUAUAUACUCUUCUUUAUUACCUGUGGGAUCCCCCUGUUUCUGCUGGAGACCUCUCUUGGCCAGUACACCAAACAGGGGAGUAUUACCUGCUGGAGGAAAAUUUGUCCCCUGUUUGAAGGGAUAGGUUAUGGCAGUCAGGUGGUUGUUUUGUACUCCAGCAUCUACUACAUUAUCAUCCUGGCCUGGGCUUUCCUGUAUCUCUUCUCCUCCUUUAACUCUGAACUUCCCUGGGCAAAUUGCAGAAACAGCUGGAACACAGAAACCUGUGUGGAGUUUGAUCAAAGUAAGAAUUCUUACAACUGGACUGUGCCAGAAAAUGCAACAUCACCCGUGAAAGAGUUUUGGGAGAGAAGAGUUUUGAACGUCACAGGAAGUAUCGAUGAAUUGGGGAGCAUACGAUGGGAGUUGGCGUUGUGUCUUCUGUUGUCCUGGGUCAUCUGUUACUUUUGUGUCUGGAGGGGAGUUAAGUCCACAGGGAAGGUGGUUUACUUUACCGCUACAUUUCCAUAUGUGAUGAUGAUAGUGCUGCUUGUUCGUGGUGUCACGUUGCCGGGGGCCAUAGACGGGAUCAAGUUCUACCUCUACCCAGAUCCAUCCCGCCUCACUGAUCCACAGGUGUGGAUGGAUGCUGGCACACAAAUAUUUUAUUCCUAUGCUAUUUGCAUUGGUUGUCUAAUUGCACUUGGCAGUUAUAAUAAAUAUGACAAUAACUGCUACAAGGACUGUGUAUACUUGUGUCUUCUGAACAGUGGGACAAGUUUUGUUGCAGGCUUUGCCAUCUUCUCUGCGCUUGGAUUCAUGGCAUAUGAGCAAAACACACACAUUUCCAAAGUGGCAGAGUCAGGUCCUGGCUUAGCGUUCAUUGCCUAUCCUCGAGCAGUCGCUAUGAUGCCUCUUCCUCAGCUCUGGGCAAUAUGCUUUUUCAUUAUGAUCAUCCUUCUGGGUCUGGACAGUCAGUUUGUAGGUCUGGAAGCCCUUGUAACAGGAAUUUCCGACAUGAAUCCUGCCUUCUUUCACGUUGGUCAUCGACGCAAACUUCUUCUGCUCGCUAUCAGUGUUGUCUGUUUCCUAAUUGGCCUGGUGAUGGUUACAGAAGGUGGACUCUACAUCUUUCAGUUGUUCGACUACUAUGCCUGCAGUGGGAUGACCCUGCUUCUCUUUGCCAUACUGCAGUCUGUCUCUAUUGGAUGGGUGUAUGGUGCAGACCGGUUUCAUGGAAACAUUGAAGACAUGAUUGGAUACAAGCCGUCACCCCUGAUUAAGUACUGUUUGAAAUACGUGACGCCACUAGUCUGCAUGGGAACAUUUAUUUUCUCUUUAAUCAAAUACACUCCCCUGAAGUUCAACAACACGAUCGAGUAUCCUUGGUGGGGUUAUACUCUGGGCUGGUGGUUCACUCUCUCCUCUACACUCAUGGUUCCCCUCUGGAUGCUGUACAAUCUGAGCAACACUCCUGGUACACUACGACAGAGGAUCACCAUCCUAUGCACUCCGACUGAAGACCUCCCUAUGACCAACUCAGAGAAAAAAGGUCUGGAACUGGUCGACUUGACCGUGUCUCCUGACGGCAUGGUGUCCUAGUGAGAAGAGACAAACUGGAGCAGCCUCAGAUACACUGAACACUUGGAGACAUAAGGGAAGUUCUGUUCAGACAGGCAUUUAAAUGCUGCAUUUAUACAUUUGUAUUUGGUGUUAGAUUAAAUAAAUCAAUGGUGGCGAAGGGUAAAAUUGAAAUUGGUGAUACAGGGGCAAAAAUUGCCCAUAAGAUUUACUGGUUGGGGUCAAUAUCCUAAUCCUUCAUUAUCAUCAUAGCCAGGAGCUGGUAUUGUUUUCACCUGCGUUUGUGUAUACAAAAUUGCUCAACAAUGCUUGGACAUAUUUUCACCAAACUUGUUUGGGAUUAUUACAUGGGAGGGUAUCGCCAGUUGAUUUACUUUUGGAUUAGAUCGGUCAGAGGGGGGGGGCUGAGGUCUCCCUGCCUGCUGCAGCAUUUUCCAUCAGUAACCCAGACUGGUGUCACCCACCAUAGUCUAAAUUGUCCCACCAGUUUCAUAAUGAUCCAAGCAAUGUCAAAUAAUUAGUUUUGCACAACUGCUUCAUUGCAGAGCUGAAAAAAAAGACAUUUAUAAGACAUAAUAAGAACCUCUAUUAAUCUCCAGAGGGGAGAUUCGUAUGCUACAGCAAGACAAAAUAUUUACAUGAUACGGUUAAAAAAAAGUGGUUAUAAUUAUUAUUAUAAUUUAAUAGAAGAAUAAUAUUGGUCAAUUUUAUAUCUAAUGAAGUCUUCAGUGAGUUACCACAGUAUGGCAACCAUGUUGGGGUACAAUCCAGCUGUCUUCAUAUAUAAGUCUGUGGUUAGGGUUAUUAUAGUGUGAUUCAGAAAAGCACCAGACACGCCUCCAGCCUCCUGCAGUCUGACAGACCCUUCUUUGUGAAAGCGUUGGCUGCUCAGAUGGACCGGUACCUCCUCAAAAAAAGUACUGUUACUGAAGAUGCUGAUCCCAGCAGCAGAGAAAGUUACUACUUAAAGAGCAGUGGCUCACCUAACCGAACUUUAACAACUUGCUCAUGUUGUUCUGGUGCCUUACUAAGCAGUAUCAACAAGUUGGCAGUAAAUGUCACCCAGCUAAGACUAAUGUUGUCUUGCAUAGCCAGACCUUUCUUCAUACUCCAUCCUAUCACUGUGCCAGUUGCUGGAGAAACUGUAAAGUUACACUCCACGUGUCGAUUCAUCUUAGUCCAACUAUGCUGAAAACGUAAACAGUGAAAUUUUGUGUACUAAUGAAUAUUUUCUACAAUUGACCCCAACAUUUUUUUAAAGUUUGUAUAAUUUUUAUAGCAUUCACUAUAUCAUUCAAAUGUGUGCCAAUAGUUAUGUUUUGUAUAACAGAGUUGCAGAGUUUUUACAUUUAAGGAUCAAUCAAUAACUCCUUUUUUUUUAAAUCAUGUCUGUUUUCGAAAUGUACAUGGGGUUUAAAUUGACAAGCUAGCACUUUAUUUUAUAACACAUUUGGAACAAGUCCAUCACGAACAGUUAGCUUUUGCUUCAUUGAUGAAAAUGUUUCUGUGAUUGAUCAAUCAUAGGACUGGGAUAUGACAAAUUAAUUUGGUGAUAUAAAUCUUAUUGAACUAUGUACUGUAAAUUUUAGCCAUGGAUGAGGCAAUCAGGUAUUGGUGUAGAUAUCAAUAGGCCUCAGUAAACUUGCAGCUUAUCAUUAUUGUUUUUCUUAAUCUUUGCCAAGGAGGUUAUCGUCUAGCCCUUGUCCAUUUUUUUGAUUGUUUUUCAGCAGCGUUACGCAAAAAACAUCUUAAAAGAUUCCCACGAAACGUGAUGUGGACUGAUUUCUAUCAGAGAGUGGUGGGGCUUGAUUGACUUCAAGGGGGGGCCCUGGCAGAGGCAUGUGCUAAUAGACAUAAACAUUGAUAUGUUUCUAAUGGUAUUUCAUAUAUUAUUGAUCAUUUAAAAAGAUUCAUUAACCAUACCAGUUACCAAUUAACUGUCGCUUGAGGGAAAAAAAGUAAUUUCAUGAUCAUUUUAAUCCUUUUUUAAAGUUGUGUAUAAAAAUUAUAAAAUGGUUAAUAAAAUGUUAACAAGGAA